AUGGCAAGCCUCCAAGCCUUGCUGCUUGCGACAGCGCUCUUAAACAUAGCUUCUUCGGCUCCAGCAGAACAAUUCGCAGACGCAACAACUGCAUCGAGGACAGGAAGCGCUCUCACGCGUCCUACCGAUUUCAACCCUGUACCGAUUGCUGCGUCGCCUUCGGGGGCUGGGGAGCCGGUGCUCAAUAGCUUCGUUUCAUUUUCUAUUGAGCUCGCCUUCUUUCCGGACUUCGCAGGCGACAAGGAGAAUCCGAAUACGUUCUCAGACAAUCUUUUGAACAACUUGGGAAGCUUCCAGGGGUCUAAGCCAAACAUUCGAGUGGGGGGAAAUACUCAGGAUUAUGCACUUUACGACGCUAACCUCAAAGCCGCCACUAAUGGAACCAUAAUUCCUUCAAUAUCUAAAGACUAUCCCCGAAUACUGUCCAUUGGCCCAAAGUUCUUCGAAUCUUACCAAACAUGGCCCGGCGUCAAGUUCAUACAUGGCUUCAACUUGGCGAAGAACGACACAGCCGCUAAUGCCAGCGCGACGGAUGAGGCUGCGAUAGCUUGCAAGUUUCUUGAACUUCACGAUAACUUCCUGUAUUGGGAGAUGGGGAAUGAGCCAGAUCUUUUCAAGACUUCGGCGCAGGGUGUCAUGCGUCCUGCGUCUUGGAACGAGCAGCAGUAUACGCAGCAGUGGAACAUAAGGGUUCAGUUAGUCAAAGAUUCACUUUCGAAGAACUGUGGUGCGGACUGGGUCACUGCGCAAAAUUUCAAGUGGCUUGCGCCGUCGUUUGCGGGGACGAGUAACAGUCUUGAUGCUGUGAAGACUUGGAAAGCUGGAUUGGAUCAGCGUAAUGAAAUUGAGCUGUUUUCUUCGCAUAACUACAUCGGAGGUGCGACACAACCUGGUGUGACUCUUGCUGGCUUCCUGAUGAACCACACCAAGACCGUAUCUAGUGUAAGUAACCACAACAAAGAACAAGCCGCCUUAAAAGCCGCAGGGAUGAAUAUGCCAUACAUCCUUGGCGAAGCAAAUUCCCUCUACAACCAAGGAGCUCCGGCGCUCUCCAACUCUUUCGGUGCUGCUCUCUGGGGUGUAGACUUCAACCUCAUGUGUGCAGCCACGGACAUCAGGCAGGUGUAUAUGCAUAUGGGAACCAACUUCCGAUAUGCCAGCUGGCAGCCAGUUGCUACCAACACAACCAGCAUUGGCACAAAGGCUCCUUACUAUGGAAAUAUUGCAGUGGCAGCUUCGCUGGGUGACAUCACUCAAGGCGACGUCCGCGUCCAAAACAUCCCAUUAAAGAACUACAACGAAGCAGCAUACACCAUCUACGAGGGGGAGAAACUCAAACGUCUCGUAGUGAUCAACAUGCACCAAUAUAACUACUCCGUUCCUGUUCCCCUUCCCCGCGGAGAAACUACGUAUAACUUUACACUGCCGACUUCCUGCUCUGGCCAUGGUCUUGUGCAGAGGCUUAUCGCGAACGGAUCAGAUGCGAUCACGGGAAUUACGUUCAACGGUGCAAGCUAUAAUUAUGAGCUGGAUCAUGGGAAACCAAAGCUGCUGGGGAAUGUAACGAAGGAUGAGACAGUGUGGGUGGGCCAGGAUGGAGGGAUUGCAGUGGGCGUGCCUUGGAGUAGUGCGGCGCUUGUGCAGCUGGAGUGUUGA